UCAACUGACGCACAGAGGCGCCGAUGUGUUUAGUUUGACUCGGCUACCCGGCGUCGUUGGGUCGCAUCGGCACCAGUCUUUACCAGACGUUGGCACAUCGAACAGGAACGCAAUAAUCAUGGCAACGGUAAUAAAAGAAGGCGGAUGCUGUGCUGGACCCGGGUACAAGAGCCCCUUGGCAGCCAUGCUUGAGGGACCAAGAGAAGAGAUCAUCUACGUCGUCUGCAUCCAGCCCGACCCCACGAAACCCGAUGUCCUUGCGACGGUCGACGUGGACCCGAAGAGUUCAACGUACUCCCAGAUAAUCCACAAACUCCGAAUGCCGAAUGUUGGGGACGAGCUUCAUCACUCGGGAUGGAACAUUUGCAGCAGCUGUUACGACUCGCCGAAGAAACGGGAUACCAUGGUUCUUCCCAGCCUGGUUUCGGACCGCGUCUACUUCGUCGACCUCUCCGAGGAGAGGAACCCGAAGAUUAAGAAGGUCUUGGAGCCAAAAGAGAUGCACAAAUGGGGUCUGGCCACUCCACACACAUCCCACUGCUCGCCGACUGGUGAAAUAAUCAUCUCCACGAUGGGAAAACCCAACGGUGACGCCCUUGGCUCAUUCCUGACGAUUGACAGCGACACUCUAGAGACGACUGGCGCUUGGACGAAAGACGAGGCCUCCUUCGGAUACGAUUUCUGGUACCAACCUUACCAUGACGUCUUGGUAGCGAGCGAGUGGGGCGUGCCGAGAACCUUCAAGAAGGGUUUUGCAUCGAGUCACGUCACGGCGGAAACUUACGGAAAAAGCUUGAACAUCUACUCGUGGACCGAGCGGAAACUUUUGCAAACACUAGACCUCGGUGAGGAGGGCUUCGCCCCGCUGGAGACGCGGUUUUUGCACGACCCAACCUCGGCCGAAGGCUUCGUAGGAUGCGCGAUACACUCGAACGUCUUCCGGUUCUUCAAGAAAUCGGAGGGCGAAUGGUCUGCCGAGAAGGUCAUCAGCAUUCCCGCGAAGAAAGUGGACGGCUGGAUACAGUCGUACAUGGAAGGCAUGAUCACCGACAUCGUACUCAGUCUCGACGACAAGUAUUUGUACCUGACGAAUUGGCUCCACGGUGACGUUCGGCAAUAUGACGUCACCGAUACUCGGAAUCCAAAACUGACCGGCCAGAUUUUCCUCGGAGGUAGUAUUCUUUCAGAUGGCAAAGUUCGCGUCGUGGAAGAUAAGGAAUUGGACAAGCAGCCUGAACCCGUCUUCGUCAAGGGACGCCGACUUUACGGAUCUCCCCAGAUGAUCCAGCUCAGUCUCGAUGGACGUCGCCUCUACGUCACAACGUCCUUGUUCUCACCCUGGGACAAACAGUUCUACCCAGAACAAGUCAAACACGGAUCUACCAUGGUGAAACUCGAUGUCGAUAUUCAAAACGGAGGCAUGACGCUGGAUAAAGAUUUUCUCGUCGACUUUGGAGCCGAUAAGGAUGAAAUUCUAUUGGCUCACGAGAUGAGAUACCCAGGCGGAGAUUGCACUUCGGACAUCUGGCUUCCAGAGAAAUGAGAAGAUGAUCACAUGAUGUAAAAAACUGACUGGAAUUUAAUUGAUGCGAGUCAUCGAGGAGAUUCACAAAUCAAUCAGUGGGACCGAAUUAAUUUGCGUGAUGAUAUUUUAUACUGUAUUUUACUAUUACGAAAAGAUGAAAUAAAUAUUAACCUAGGAAAAGGGAUAUUGUUCAAGAAAA